AUGGUUUUGUAUCACUUGUUAAUAUAUCGGUCAGUUCGUUGAUUAAAAUAAAUGGCGUAUUUAAUUUACGACCAAAAUAUGCUUCAGCAGGAGUUGUUUUUGUAGUUGUUUUAUAAGAAUUAUUGUAAUUGAACAACGUAAAGCUAAGGAAUUUGCUCCAAUUUUUGUGUUGUUGGGAAUAUUCCUUUAGCACGCAUCCUAAGUUAUAUUUGAUGGCUUUAUUUAGAGUUUCGGCCAUAUUGCUUCCUGGCGAAUAUGGUGAAGAAUAUGCUGCCCUAAUACAAUUAUUAAAUAAAAAUGUUUUCCAUUUAAUUGAUGAAAAUGCUGGACCAUUGUCUGAUACUACGGUAAUACAAUAUCCAUUUUCCAGGAAAAUCUUCUGCAUUAGUGAUAUGGCAACAUCCGCAGUUUGGCUUCGACAUGGGAAAGCGAAAGCGUAUUUGCUGAAACCAUCUAAAACAGAAAAUAUGUAUUUAAAUCCCUCUGGAGAUCGAAUAAUGGGACCAAUAAAGUCAACGUACAAGAUUUUAAAAAUUGCGUCAGAGUCUGGAGAGAAAAUCGGCCAUAUUAUUAUGUUGGCCCUUAAUAUGUUCGGGCGUGAAAUCAAAUCUGGAAAUUUUAAGAAUCCAGCGCGAGAGUUUAUUGAAUCUGGCCGGAGAGUUGAAUAACCAAAGGAGAGAACUGCAAUCGGUCUGAAGCGUAAAUUUACGAUCGAGAUUUAAUUUUCUGGAGCAGUACAUGAUUGGGUGGAUACCGUCAUCGUGUUUUUGUAGUAAUACGGCUCCUAAUCCACUAGCUGAACCAUCGGUUUGGAGUAUAAAUGGUUUAUCGAAUUGUGGAUGCUUCAAAACAGGUCGUUUAACGGUGCGACAAUUUGACUAAACAUAGGAAUAUAACGAGCAUAGAAAGCGGCUGCUCCAAUUAAUCGGGAUAUUUCUUUGACGUUUUUGGGUGUAGGCAUAUCGUUAAUAGCUUGAACUUUCAAUGGGUCUAUAAAGCGACCUUCAGCGGAUAUGACACUACCCAACAGACGUAUACGGGACAUACAAAAUCUAGCUUUUUCUGGAUUUAGGGUAAUACCGAUUGAUUUAAUUUUCGUAAAUAAUAUAUUUAAAUGGUUUAGGUGUGAAUCUA